UCAUUUCCGUGACGUCGCCACGCCACCGAACGGGCGAGAUCGGCGGCGGCGGUCCGGAUUUGCGUCCGCGACGUCAUCGCGCCCGCCUCGGCGAAGCAUCCGUGACGUCAUCGCGCCACCCAAAGCGUCCGUGACGUUUACGCGCCCACCUCGCAUUAGCGUUCGUUACGUAAUCGCGCCCAACCUCAGCGAAGCCUCCGUGGGCGUCAUCACGCCAACUCAAGCGUUCGUGACAUCUCGGCCACCUCUGCGUCCGUGACGUCAUUGCGUCACCUCAACCGUCCGUGACAUCGCGGGCCGCCUCAGGAAAUGUCCGUGACGUCAUCGCAGCGAACCUCAACCGGCCCCGUGACAUCGCGGGCCGCCUCGGCGAAGCCUCCGUGACGUCACUGCGCGGGCCAACCCUGACAUCCGCGUGUCGCAUCGGCGAAGUGUCUGUGACGUCAUCGCAGUCCCUUUCAACCGUCCGUGACAUCAUCGCGUCCGCCUCUCCGCGAAGCCCUCCCGUGACGCUAAAUGCAGCCAACACUCGGCGUCCGUGACGUCAUCGCGCGGCCACCCACGACGUCAUCGCCCAGACGAACCGCCCCUCGCCACCUCCAGAGUCACCGUCACUACUCCCGCUGAGGGAGAAGAUCUCGAGCGAGAGAGAGAGAGGAAGAGAAUGGCCUCGUACCGGCUGCGCUGUUCGAUCCCGGCACACGACAUGGACGUGCGCGGCGUGGCGCCGCUGCCGAACUCGGCGAGCGGCGGCUUCGCCUCGGUGUCGCGCGACCGCACCGCCUGCCUCUGGGUCCCCGCCGCGGGCCCCGGGUCCGAGUUCCGCGAGGCGGCCCGCUGGAAGGCGCACGACGCCUUCGUGUCGUGCGUGUGCGCGCUGCCGCCCUCCGCCGCCUUCCCCGCGGGACUCGUGGCGACGGGAGGCCACGACGGGCACGUCUGCGUCUUCGCGGCCGACGCCGUCGGGCCCGCGGCGGUUCCGCUCUACCGGCUCGAGGGCCACGGCUCCACCGUGUGCUGCCUGGCGGUGGCCGGCGACGGCGGCGGCGACGGCGGCGACGGCGGCGGCGGUGGCGCCGCGCCGGCCGUGGCGGGCGCGCUCGUGAGCGGGUCGUGGGACGCGACGGCGCGGGUGUGGCUCCGGGACAAGUGCGUGACCACGCUGCAGGGGCACGGCGCGUCGGUCUGGGCGGUGAGCGUGCUGCACAAGCAGGGCGCCAUUCUCACCGGCUCGGCCGACAAAUCCAUCAAGAUGUGGAAGGCGGGGCGCUGUGAGGUCACCUACACGGGCCACGAGGACUGCGUGAGGGGCCUCGUGGUGCUGGGCGGCGGCGAGGAGUUCCUGUCGUGCGGCAACGACAGCAGCGUGCGGCGCUGGGCGCUGGCGGGGCCGUGUCUCUCGACGCUCUACGCUCACACCAACUACGUCUACUCCAUCUGCCUGCUGCCCAACGCCUCCGGGUUCGUGACGGGAGGAGAGGACCGCACGGUUCGCGUGUGGCGCGGCGAGGAGUGCGUCCAGACGGUGCGCCUGCCGGCGCAGUCCGUGUGGAGCGUUUGCGCUCUGCCCAAUGGCGACAUCGUGGCCGCCACCAGCGACGGGCGCGUGCACGUGUUCACGGAGAGCGAGGACCGGGCGGCGCCGGCCAGCGAGCAGCGCGCCCUCGAGGAGGAGCUGGCGGGCAGCGCCAUCGACCCCAAGACCGGCGACCUCGGCGACAUCGGCAGCAGCGAGCUGCCCGGGCGCGAGCACCUCGACGAGCCCGGCACGAGAGACGGGCAGACUCGCCUGAUCCGCGAGGAGGGCCGGGUGGAGGCCUACCAGUGGAGCGCAGCGCUCGGCGGCGACGGCGGCCGCUGGAUCAAGAUCGGCGACGUUGUGGGCUCCUCGGGGGCCACGCAGCAGACCUCGGGGAGAGUCAUGUACGAGGGCAAGGAGUACGACUACGUCUUCUCCGUGGACCUCAACGAGGGCGGGCGGCCGCUGAAGCUGCCGUACAACGUGAGCGAGGACCCGUGGACAGCGGCCAACGCCUUCCUGGGUCGCCACGACCUGUCGUCCCUCUUCCUCGACCAGGUCGCCAACUUCAUCGUGGAGAACACGCGCGGCGCCACGCUGGGCGGCGGCGCCAGCGCCGGCCAGGCGGAUCCCUUCACCGGAGGAGGGCGGUACAUUCCGGGUGUUGGCUCCGCCCCCCACGGCACCCCCGGUUCCCAAGCCACCGCACCCAACCAACGAGACCCGUUCACAGGAGGUGGCGCGUACUUGAGCGGUGCCAAGCCGGCCGCCGUCUCCUCCAGCGCGUUCUUCCCGCAGACCAAGGUCGUGACCUUUGACCAGGCCAACGCCUCCGCCAUUGUGGCCAAGAUCAGCGACCUCAAUAAGCAGGUUGCGGAGACUCUGCGCGCCUCCGAUGGCGACCUGCAGGCUCUGCAGACCCUGGCGGACUGCGCUACUCGGCCGGAGACGGGGGAGACGAUCACAACGUCCCAGCUCGAAGCGCUGGAGCUCGUGCUGAGCUGGCCAGAUGAGUUUCUCUUCCCCGCGCUGGACAUACUUCGCCUCUGCCUGCGCCUGGACGUCCCCAACAAGCACUUCCUGGGGGCCGCCUGCGGCCCGGCGCAGCUCUCCCGCCUCCUGGCGCUGACCUCGGCGCCCAAAGCCGGCGCCGCCGCCCCGAUGCUGGCGCUGCGAGCGCUCUGCAACGCCUGCAGCCGCGACCCCGGGCGGCGGCUGAUGCGAGAGCGGCGCUCGCGGGUGGUGGAGGGGGCGCUGGAGCUCGUCGGCUCCGACAACCGCAACGUGCAGGUCGCGCUGGCCACGCUGCUGCUCAACUACGCCGUCCUGCACAACGAGUCCUCCUCCUCCUCAGCGUCAUCCCCAAACGCCGCCGCCGACGGCGACGACGACGAGGCCACGACCCAGCUGCUGUCGGCGGCUGUGGCGCUGCUGGAGCGGCGGCCGGACGCCGAGGCGGCGUUCCGGCUGCUCGUGUGCGUCGCCACGCUGCUGCUACGCGGCGGCGGCGGCGGCGGCGACGCCGCCCGGAGGCUGAGCGACGCGCUGGGGGUGAGGGCCCACGCCGAGCGCUGCGCCGGCCUGCCGGGGGCCCCGGCCAAGCUCACCGAGUGCGCGCGCUCGCUGCUGGCCUUCCUGUGAUCGGCGCGGGCCGCGUAGGAUGGUGGGUGGGGCGGUCGGUCGCGUACGGUGCGAAAGAAGCUUAAACGUGUCGGACAAAAUGGUUUUGCGAGUCCAGGACGUGGAGGCCACAGUGGGGGGGGG